AAACCUACACAUACCUACCAUAUACUAGACAACGAACGGAUAAACUCAGCGUCAUAUCACCAAACUACAAAUCUCGCCUCUAUUCACUACCUCCACACCACGCGCCAAUAUGCCUAACAACAAUUGGUCUUCCAACACCUCCUCCAACGACUCCGGUGUCACGGGCGCCGCUAAAUUCGUCACAUCCACACUUGGUAACACUGUCGGCGGCGUCUCCAAGACCUUGGGGGGCGUUACGGGCGCCGCAACUCGCGGACUGGGCGAUACAGUGAACAGUGCUACCGGUAGUUCGGGGAGGCCUGUUGGCGAUGCUCUGGGAAAUGUGGGGACGGGAUUGGAGGAUGGACUCAAGAAGGUUGGGAAGGGGGUCGAGGAUGCGGGACAGUGGAAAUAAUCUUCCAUUUCAAUGAGAGGAGUUCGAUGGGAUAGGAUAUAUCAGGAUGUACUCCAUAUCCGGCUUUGAUGGUACAUUUGAUGAUAACGGUCAGAAGAUAGGAUUAACGAUGCUUACGAUCAAUCUUUUGGCGCAUAAUUUCCAUUUAAGUCUCUUUGACUGUCUUGAUGAGCCUAUUCGUUUAUGAGCUGAAUGUCAAGAGGCGCCUAUUGGCACACGA